UGUAACUCCACUAAAGCUAAUGGAUUUGAAGAGAGUGCUGUCCUUCCCACCGUACCCCGGGGACUACCUGCAUCCAGUGGUGUACGCCUGCACGGCGGUCAUGCUGCUCUGUCUGCUCGUCUCCAUCGGGACCUACAUCGUCCACCACAGUGUGAUCCGCAUCAGCAGGAAUGGCUGGCACACACUCCUCAACUUCCUCUUCCACACGGGGCUGACGUUUGGAGUUUUCGCCGGGGGCAUCAAUCAGAUCCAGUUACCUUUUGUGUGUCAAAUUGUUGGCAUUGUGCUCCACUAUGCUUCUUUGUCUACCAUGCUGUGGCUGACGCUUACUGCUAGAAACAUCUGUAAAGAUGUGUCCAGAGACCCUCUUCGGACCCAGAACAGGGAUCGACCGGGCCAGACUCGCACCAAACCAACUAUCUUCAGAUUAUAUCUCGCGAGUGAUGGAAUCCCUCUCAUUAUUGUUGCCGUUACGGCAGCAUUCAGUAUGGAGAACUAUGGCAGCAGGGAUGACGCUUUGUACUGCUGGAUGGCAUGGGAACCAAGCUUGGGAGGUUUCUAUGGCCCCAUGGGUCUUCUGGUCUUCGUCAUGUCCGUGUACUUCGUGUGCACACACAUCCAGCUGAAACGCCACCCAGAGAAGAAGUAUGAGCUGCGAGUUCUGAGUGAGAAGCAGCCGCAGUUAUCAUCGAGCGAGUCAAACCACCAUCGCUGCCACGCCGACACGGGGGCCAUUUCUGUUCCCACUGGGGACUGUCAGCCAUUUACAACAGGCGUGUCGGUGCUGGCCAACGAGCACUCGUUUAAGUCUCAGCUCCGGGCCACAGCCUUCACUCUCUUUCUGUUCCUGUCUACCUGGGCUUUGGGAGCGUUGGCAGCAUCACUGGGUCACUUCCUGGAUAUGAUAUUCAGCUGCCUGUAUGGGGCUUUUUGUGUCACUCUGGGACUUUUCCUUCUCAUCCAGCACUGUGCCAAACGUGACGACGUAUGGCACCGCUGGUGGGCUUGUUGCCCGUCCAAGUCCGAGGACGGGGACGGACAGAUCCCGAGGCAGGAGCUCCAUGAGCCACACUGCCGCCUGAGCUCCCCGUGCUCUGGCAAGCAGCCGCUGCUCUCCCCUCGCCUGGUGCAGAGUUCCUAUCGCAAAAUGAUGCCGCCUUCCCAGAACCCCGAGGCCAACCACACGGGUCCGUGCUGCGUGGCCGUGAUGAGUCCCGUUAUGGCGACCCCCAUGUCGCCUCUCGCCGAGCCGCCGCCCUCACUGCGUCCGCAUCCCGACGAGCCCCCUCGCCCCGCUCUGCCUCUCCAGAGCUGCCUUAACAGGACGAAGUCGUGCUCCUUCAGCCGCCCGCGCCUCCAGGACUACCGCUUGCACAUGACCUCCACCAGUAUGGACAGUGGCGGGCACAGCUCGCACCUGGACAGCCCUCACGCAGCGCACCACCGAGAAGGCUCGCCGCUGGUGUCCACCACCCCACAUCCGGACCUCCAGCUCCCCUGCCCCAGCCCUCACUUGGAUAAGCAGCUGGCUUCUUGCCACAGCUUGCAACGCCAGAACUCCUGCCACAGCGUGCAAGACUCCAUGGCUUCCCGUCACAGCCGAACGCCCAACAUGCACGAAGGCAUGACUUCCUGUCACAGCCUGCACCUGCCUUCUCACGGGGUCCACACCUGCCAGUGGCACAUGUACAGCUCGGCCGAUCACUCCUCCACCACGAGCUGCAGUGAGAAACCCGCCCCCUUCGCCUCGCAAGACCCCGAAGCGUACAGCUGCGUGUCGAAGGCAACAGAGCAAGAGAAGGAUGCUCUCUGCGUAGAGGUGGAGCAGAACGGGUUCCAAGGAAAUACUCUGCCUCGGCUGCACGGCACCGUCGGCCGGCGAGGAACCAUCGGCCGGAACCGGAGCUUGCAGGAAGAAGGCCUGUUCGGCUCGGACCCCACAGGAAACAUACGGACUGGGCCUUGGAGGAAUGAAACCACUGUGUAGUUUUCUUACACUUGUACUUGCUACACCUUCCAGCAGCCCUGUCAUCGAGUCACUUCUUUAAGUGUUUGGGUCUCAAUGCCUUCAGCUUUGGCUCUUGAACCACAGGGUGACGUUCCAGCGAGGCCUCGCACCCUGAGGAUAUUUCUGAAACGCUUAAUGACAAACUUCUCUUUAAGUGUGUUACUAAUCCGUUUUUGCACGGACUAUUCAAAUGCAAGCGAGGUUUAAUGAAUAUUCUUCUCCAUGUAGUUUAAAGUUGCAAUCAGUACCGUAUGGCUCUCUAGGGGCUCAGUGGCUCAGUAGUGAGCAAUGACACAGCAAGAAGGACAGUUUUAAAUCAGUUCCACUUUCCCCCCCGAGAGUCAAAGGACAACAGCUCUGCUGUGAGGAAGAGUCCAACCAGGAUGUCUUCACACAUUUUAAACUUGAGACCUGAUCCCAAACAAACCAGUGGAACAAGUUCCCAAACUCAAUGGCCACGAAUGAGUUGACUUAGAUAAGAGACCCAAACAUUGCAUGGACCCUUACACUUGACAAGUAUUAAAUAAUUACUGUCGUCCAGCAAUUAUUACCAAGUUGUGAGUGCAGCCAUGCUGUGAUAUUUACUAAUUUGAUAAUGAAUGAAUCUGUUGAUUAUUUCUUUAUUAGAUUAUUGAUGGGAUGAAAAGAAAAGAAAAGAGCUAUCAUUUCCAGCAAAUUAUCCAGAAUGCAAAACGUAUUCCUCGUCUUCAUGUUCAAUACACUUUUACCACAUUGAACGAGAAUUACCGACUUGCGGUCGUACGCCUCCGCCCACGAGUCACGUUGCAGUUCACAACCAUCAUUUUAUUUCAUUAGACAUUUGUGUGAAAUUGUCUUAAAAAAACCAUACAAAUUCUUGACUUAUGGCCCAAAAUAUGUAUUGUAAAGUCACGGUGACCUUUGACCAUUGACCACCAAAUUCUAUUCAAGUUUAUCUUUGAGUGCAAGUGGACAUUUUAGCCAAAUAUGAAGUAAUUCCCUGAGAUAUUGUGCCCGGUCACAUGAAAAAACGAAUUAAAAAUCAUAAAGCGUAAGGCCGUCACGGCGUAACUUAUUGAAUUUAAAUUCAGAUCUUCAUUUAAAAACAAAUGUAACACAGAAUACCUUACAUAUUUCUUCUCUCCCAACGUAGCGUUAGCUUUAUCAAGCGUUAGCUUUAAAGUAGCUUCAACGCGGCGACACCCAUCCAUCACGAAAGAGAGAAACCAGACGGACGUUAAUUGUUAGAUUUGUUUUUAAAUUAAAACCUGAUAUUUCCACUCCACCGUAUUGUUGGACUCCACCUCCGACACUUUUCUUGACAAAAUCCACAAACGAAAGCGUGGUUGGUGGCGUUGUUGCAGAUUCAUGCCGUGAAAUAAAAGCUAACGCUGGUCAUUUUGAGACAGGACAAAACGGGGUAAAAGAAAAACAUGGCGUUUGACACAACGAUGCUUUUCCUCACAUAAAAAAAAGAAAGAAAUUAGUAAUUCAUAAAAAAUAAAAUCUCGACAGAUUUGAACCCUCACACGCUCAUCAAGCAGCCAGCCCAGUGCAUCAUGACUAGUUUAUCGAGGAGAAAACAACAUCCGAUCAAAUAUAAGAAGCAAGAAGCAGUCAAACAUCACUGAUUGCAUCUUUAAACACUUGGAUUUACCGCUUUCUAACAUUCCGAGACACAAUAUCAUUUUAAAUGUGAGUGGUUCCACAUGUGAAGACACUUUUGUAUCAGUGUGAGCAUGUGUGUUUUUUUAUGUGUGCAACAUUGCAUGAGUAGGUACACACAGAUGUGGUGUGGUUUUGUGCUAUAUGUUUAUUAUUAUAGAUUCACCCUUGCAGAAUUUCACAUUUAUGAUCCGUCUUGAUAUAGAUUAAUUUAUAAAGCCUAUAAAGAUUUUAUAUGGAGACACCUUACCUAUGCUGCCAAAUGGAGUCUGAUAGACUCACGUCUGACAAAUAUUGCACUAGUAUGUACUAUAUAGUAACGCACCUGGAGAGAUCAGAAUAAGUAAAUUAAAAACCUUCAAUGUGCUUCAGAGCACAAACUUUGCAUCGUGCCAAAAAGAUGUGCCAGCUUCCACUGUGAUGAGAAACCACACACAGCGUGUACAGUUUGUAGCAUCAUGCAAACUUAACUCAGGUUCAAGAAGAUCAUCAGCGGUCCCUUCCACGUCGUUCCAGAAGCUUCCAUACGUCGUCUCCAGAGAGGUGCGUUCACGAGCGGUCGAGCUGAAGCCGGCUUGAAAAAAACUCAUCUAAGUUCCCAUUGAAACCUAGCGGCCCAGACUAGCCUCGUUCGGGUAAGGCUAGUUUUCCGUCUCGGCUCGGGCUGAUCCGAUGUAGACUAAAAAUACACUUUAGAUCAGGGGUGUCCAACUAAUUUUUACUGUGAGCCACGUUAGCAUCAUGGCUGCCUCUGAAAGGGCCGGUGUAACUGAAACUGUAUGAACUACUCCCGAACAUAUAGUUAAAUAACUCUCUUUGCAUCUGAUUAUUGUUUGAGUGUAAACAUAUUGUAACAUAAGAACAUUUCUCUAAUAUUAAAACAUAAACCCAUUUAAUUUGAAACCUUCAAAAUAAAAGUAUAUAUUUUUUUAAAGAAACGGUGAUCAUGUGUCUUUCAAGCCGUCAGGGGCCACAUAAAAUGAUGUGGCGGGCCGGAUUCGGGCCCUCGGGCCUUGUGUUUGAUACCUGUGCUUUAGAUGAUGUUAGUGUGCAGAGCUACAGCGAGGAGGCGAUUAGCCUAGCUUAGCAUACAGUUUAAAACAUGUUUAGCAUAAUCAGUGUUGAACUUGGUGGAUUCCUGUCAUUACGCUGACGUGGUGGUACCAGGGGCAGGCGCUGCCAAAAAAACACCACAGAAGAAGAAAAGAGCCAUCUGAUUUUGUCUGGGAAGCUUUGAGCCGGCGCUGCGGACGCUAACCGCCCGUCACGGCGUUUUCUCUGCCGUGUUUGCCGCCAACGCAACAAAAAGAAACACUCGGCGUCAUGUAAAAUUCAUAAUAGUUUUAUUUCACCAGUUGGCGAUGAACGCGCCUCCACUCGUGUGCCUGAACGCUGUCGAGUAAUU